AUGCCUGCCCCCGGCGCCCUCAUCCUCCUCGCGGCCGUCUCCGCCUCCGGCUGCCUGGCGUCCCCGGCCCACCCCGAUGGAUUCGCCCUGGGCCGGGCCCCUCUGGCUCCUCCCUACGCCGUGGUCCUCAUUUCCUGCUCCGGCUUGCUGGCCUUCAUCUUCCUCCUCCUCACCUGUCUGUGUUGCAAACGGGGUGAUGUCGGCUUCAAGGAGUUUGAGAACCCUGAAGGGGAGGACUGCUCGGGGGAGUACACUCCGCCGGCGGAGGAGACCUCCUCCUCACAGUCGCUGCCUGAUGUCUACAUUCUCCCGCUGGCUGAGGUCUCCCUGCCGAUGCCUGCCCCGCAGCCUUCACACUCAGACAUGACCACCCCCCUGGGCCUUAGCCGCCAGCACCUCAGCUACUUACAAGAGAUUGGGAGUGGCUGGUUUGGGAAGGUGAUCCUGGGAGAGAUUUUCUCGGACUACACCCCGGCCCAGGUGGUGGUGAAGGAGCUCCGAGCCAGCGCGGGGCCCCUGGAGCAGCGCAAGUUCAUCUCGGAAGCACAGCCAUACAGGAGCCUGCAGCACCCCAACGUCCUCCAGUGCCUGGGCGUCUGUGUGGAGACACUGCCCUUUCUGCUGAUCAUGGAGUUCUGUCAACUGGGGGACCUGAAGCGUUACCUCCGGGCCCAGCGGCCCCCUGAGGGCCUGUCCCCCGAGCUGCCCCCACGGGACCUGCGGACACUGCAGAGGAUGGGCCUGGAGAUCGCCCGCGGGCUGGCACAUCUCCACUCCCACAACUACGUGCACAGCGACCUGGCCCUGCGCAACUGCCUACUGACCUCCGACCUCACCGUGCGCAUCGGAGACUACGGGCUAGCCCACAGCAACUACAAGGAGGACUACUACCUGACCCCCGAGCGCCUGUGGAUCCCGCUGCGCUGGGCGGCGCCCGAGCUCCUUGGGGAGCUGCACGGGACCUUCAUGGUGGUGGACCAGAGCCGCGAGAGCAACAUCUGGUCCCUGGGGGUGACCCUGUGGGAGCUCUUCGAGUUUGGGGCCCAGCCCUACCGCCACCUGUCAGACGAGGAGGUCCUCGCCUUCGUGGUCCGCCAGCAGCACGUCAAGCUGGCCCGGCCCAGGCUCAAGCUGCCCUAUGGGGACUACUGGCCGCCUAUCACUUUCUCACAUCCCCUGCUGUCUCCUCUUCUAGUUCUCUGUCCCCCCUGGUCGCACCCCCAUCUUAUCACACACACAGGCACACACCCCCCCCCCCGGCCCCCGCCCCCCCCACCCCCACCCCGGGACGGUCCCUUCCCUUGGCCCUGGCCCCCGCAGCACAGCGCGCCCCGCCCGGGGACCCUCUCCUCACCGUUCCCCCUUCUGGAUGGCUUCCCUGGGGCCGACCCCGACGACGUGCUCACGGUCACCGAGAGCAGCCGUGGCCUCAACCUCGAAUGCCUGUGGGAGAAGGCGCGGCGGGGGGCCGGCCGGGGAGGGGGGGCGCCGCCCUGGCAGCCGGCGUCCGCGCCCCCGGCGCCCCAUGCCAACCCCUCCAACCCUUUCUACGAGGCGCUGUCCGCGCCCAGCGUGCUGCCCGUCAUCAGCGCCCGCAGCCCCUCUGUGAGCAGCGAGUACUAUAUUCGCCUGGAGGAGCACGGCUCCCCCCCAGAGCCCCUCUUCCCCAGCGACUGGGACCCCCUGGACCCAGGGGUGCCUGCCCCCCAGGCCUCCCAGGCCCCUUCCGAGGUCCCCCAGCUGGUGUCCGAGACCUGGGCUUCGCCCCUCUUCCCUGCAGCUCGGCCCUUCCCGGCCCAGCCCUCAGCAUCAGGCAGCUUCCUCCUGAGCGGCUGGGACCCCGAGGGCCGAGGCGCCGGGGAGACCCUGGCGGGAGACCCUGCCGAGGUGCUGGGGGAGCGGGGUACCGCCCCGUGGGCAGAAGAGGAGGAGGAGGAGGAGGAGGAGGAGGGCAGCUCCCCGGGGGAGGACAGCAGCAGCCUUGGGGGUGGUCCCAGCCGCCGGGGUCCCCUACCCUGUCCCCUGUGCAGCCGGGAGGGGGCCUGCUCCUGCCUGCCUCUGGAGCGGGGGGACGCCGUGGCUGGCUGGGGGGGCCACCCCGCUCUUGGCUGCCCCCAUCCCCCAGAGGACGACUCGUCCCUGCGGGCAGAGCGGGGCUCCCUAGCCGACUUGCCCCUGGCCCCCCCCCCCCCGCCCCCCCCCGAGUUUCUGGACCCCCUCAUGGGGGCGGCGGCGCCCCAGUACCCCGGGCGGGGGCCACCUCCCGCCCCCCCCCCCCCGCCGCCGCCUCCCCGGGCCCCCGCGGACCCGGCCGUGUCCCCCGACCCUCCCUCGGCCGUGGCCAGUCCCGGCUCAGGCCUGUCGUCUCCGGGCCCCAAGCCGGGGGACAGCGGCUACGAGACCGAGACCCCUUUUUCCCCCGAGGGAGCCUUCCCAGGCGGGGGGGCAGCCGAGGAGGAAGGGGUCCCUCGACCGCGGGCUCCCCCCGAGCCCCCCGACCCGGGAGCGCCCCGGCCACCCCCAGACCCGGGUCCCCUCCCGCUGCCGGGGACCCGGGAGAAGCCGACCUUCGUAGUUCAAGUGAGCACCGAGCAGCUGCUGAUGUCCCUGCGGGAGGACGUGACAAGGAACCUCCUGGGGGAGAAGGGGGCAAACCCCCGCGAGACGGGACCCAGGAAGGUGGGGAGAGGUCCCGGGAACAGAGAGAAAGCCCCGGGCCCGAGCAGGGACCCCACAGUCCUGGGCAGCGGGAAGAAAGCCCCAAGCCCGACCGAGGACCCGAGCCUCCCCGUGAACGGGGUGACAGUGUCGGAGAACGGGGGCCAGAGAGCCCCAGGCAUCGAGGAGAAGGUGGCGGAGAACGGGGCCCCAGGGACCCCCGAGAGAGAAGAGAAAGCGCUGGAGAAGGUGCUGGAGAAUGGGGAGGUGACGCCACCAAGGAGGGAGGAGAGAGUGCUGGAGAAUGGGGAGCUGAGGUCCCCCGAGAGAGAAGAGAAAGUGCUGGCGAAUGGGGGCCUGACACCCCCAAAGAUCGAGGAGAAGGUGUCAGAGAAUGGGGGCCCGAGACUGCCCAGGAACACGGAGAGGCUGCCGGAGACUGGGCCUCGGAGAGCCCCAGGGCCCUGGGAGAAGGGGCCCGAGAGUGGGGUGUCAGCCCCAGAGACCUUGCUGGAGAGAGCCCCCGAGCCCGGCGCGGUGGCCUUGUCCCGGAACGGCGGGGCGACAGCCCCUGGCCCCACUGGCCCAGCCCCCAGGAGCGGGGUGCUGGAACCCGGGACCGAGAGGAGAGCCCCCGAGACUGGGGGGGCACCGAGAGCCCCCGGGGUUGGGAGGCUGGACCUCGGGAGUGGGGGCCGAGCCCCAGUGGGCAUGGGGACGGCCCCCGGCGGCGGCCUCGGAAGCGGCGCGGACGCAAAGGCCGGAUGGGUAGACAGCACGAGGCCACCGCCGCCACCGCCGGAAGCACAGCCGAGGAGGCCGGAGCCAGCGCCCCAGAGAGCCAGGCCGGAGGUGGCCUCCGAGGGAGAGCCCGGGGUCCCAGACAGCAGGGCCGGCGGAGACACAGCACCCAGCACAGACGGGGACCCCCCCAAACCCGAGAGGAAGGGCCCCGAGAUGCCACGACUGUUCUUGGACUUGGGACCUCCUCAGGGGAACAGCGAGCAGAUCAAAGCCAAGCUCUCGCGGCUCUCUCUGGCGCUGCCGCCGCUCACGCUCACGCCGUUCCCGGGGCCGGGCCCGCGGCGACCCCCGUGGGAGGGCGCGGACGCCGGGGCGGCUGGCGGGGAGGCCGGCGGGGCGGGGGCGCCGGGGCCGGCGGAGGAGGACGGGGAGGACGAGGACGAGGACGAGGAGGAGGACGAGGAGGCGGCGGCGGCGGGCGCGGCGGCGGGGCCGCGGGGCCCCGGGAGGGCGCGGGCAGCCCCGGUGCCCGUCGUGGUGAGCAGCGCCGACGCGGACGCGGCCCGCCCGUUGCGGGGGCUGCUCAAGUCUCCGCGCGGGGCCGACGAGCCCGAGGACAGCGAACUGGAGAGGAAGCGCAAGAUGGUCUCCUUCCACGGGGACGUGACCGUCUACCUCUUCGACCAGGAGACGCCAACCAACGAGCUGAGCGUCCAGGCCCCCCCCGAGGGGGACACGGACCCGUCAACGCCCCCAGCGCCCCCGACGCCUCCCCACCCCGCCACCCCCGGAGAUGGGUUUCCCAGCAACGACAGCGGCUUUGGAGGCAGUUUCGAAUGGGCGGAGGAUUUCCCCCUCCUCCCCCCGCCAGGCCCCCCCCUGUGCUUCUCCCGCUUCUCCGUCUCGCCUGCGCUGGAGACCCCGGGGCCCCCCGCCCGGGCCCCCGACGCCCGGCCCGCAGGCCCCGUGGAGAACUGACUCCCCGAAGACCCCACCCCCCCGCACCCCCGGAAGAGGGGCUGAGGGUAGAAUCCUCUGUGGACGACGGAGCCACUGCCACCGCCGCAGACGCCGCCUCCGGGGAGGCUCCUGAGGCUGGGCCCUCCCCCUCCCCCACCAUGUGCCAAA